AAGGAAAAUAUAGUGGUUAAUAACAAAACUUUAUAAUUAUUUUUUUAUAUGUCAAGCGGAAAAGGGACAUUAUGAUGGGUUUACAGUCAAAAAACAGUUCUCUUGAGUGCAUAAAUUUAAUGUACAAAAUAAAAUUUUGAGAAUAAUAUGCAUUAUCAAAAAAAGUUCAGACACUUUUGCAGACAAGCGAGAGAGGGCGCCCUACUACUGUCCUGUCAGUUUUUGAGGUAAACAUGGCGAUUAAGCAGGGAGUUGUCGGAAAUUGGGAGGCUGACGUGAAACUAUUUGCCAUCGGACAAGUAAAGUUUCGUCGUUAGAUUUGGUCCGUGGGAAACAUGAUUGAAACUUCAUGGCUAGAUGUGACUCAUUGAACCCCCCGCCUUCGUAGACCCGAUCCCGUUCAAGAUGCACCAGUUGUUUGCGCGGAUCCUGUCGCAGCGGGACCUGUCCCGUGCCGGGGACCUGUUCUCCAUCCCCGACUGCGACAUCGUGGACGAUCUGUCGGAAGCGCUGAACCACAUCCAGAUGAUCUCCUCCCUGCCGGACUAUCUGGAGAACCACAACGACCAGGCGGUGGUGGAGAUUUGCAUCACGAGGGUCACGACGGCGAUCAGGGAUACCGGCACGAUUGAGCAGCACGCCGAGGCGCUGGUGUCCCUCUGGAGUUCCUGUCUGCAGCACAACCUGAAACCCCUGGCACGAGACGAGGACCCUCCCCAUGCCAAGAUUGCAUCGGACAUCAUGAGCUGUCUCUUCAUGCAAAACUACAGCAAGUAUUCAGUCAUGAAGACAGUGCUGCCUGUGGCCGUGCAGUUCCUGAAGCACGAGAACCGAGAGAUCAGUCGCAACAUGUCCAGCUACCUCGCAUUGGCAGCCAUCGACAACGCUAGCCUGUUAGCGCUUCACUGCGACGACAUCAUCGAUAGCAUCAUACGUGGUAACCGGUCCCUAGCUCGCAUCCUACCGCAGGUCUACUUGGAGAAACCGGCUCCCAUCGACGCCAACGUCGACGAGCUGCUGCACAUCUUGCCUCGCUGCGACGACACCGAGAAGGCACACCUUCUCCAGCUGGUCAGCCUGGUGGCCAAGCAGAACCCUAAGCUUCUCCUCGCUCACGUUCCGCUGCUGGUCAAGUGCCUGACCAUUCCCAACUCCUCUCAGACCGUUCUGGCCGCUCUGGUGGACGUGGCUUCGGUAGACGCUCGGCCCUUUGCCUCGUGCCUGACGGACCUUGAGGGCGCUAUCAGUCGGCAGCCGUCGCUGCUCAGCAUGGCGCUGAAGAUCUUCGGGGCAGUUGGCAGACUCAAUCAGGUGAGCGGUAAGGAGUGCAUGGCCUUCCUGGUAGAGCAGCUCGGAGCCAUUGACCAGACCUCCCUGCCUGCCGUCCUGAUUGAGAUCAAGAGCAUCGCGGACCAGCACUCUGGCCUGCUGGGCACCCAUAUCGCCGAGAUCUCCCUACAAGGGGAGAGCCCCUCCAUGGCUGCCCGAAUGAUCAUCCAGCAACUCCAACAGGAUAUGACUUAUAGUGAACAUGACGCUCUGAGAGAAGAUGCUACACAAGAGGAACCAAAGCGAAUGAAGGAGCUAUCAUCAACCCCACCGACUCCCAGCAAGAGCAUGAGCAUGUCUGAGAUGCACAGGAUGGGCAUGGAGCCAGAGAGACGGAUGCACUACAGGAAGGGCAAGGCCUCCAACAGGGGCUCCGUCGACCACCUUCUCAGCAGCGUCCAGAAGCUGACCGCAUCCACGUCUUCAGCUGCCUUGAUGCCAUCAGAGAAGCCAGGAUCCUUAAAGGACCUUGACAGCAUGAAACAGAUCAAACUGAGAUCCCAAAGCCAUUCUGAAACUGUCCCGCUCACGGAGAGCCGGACUAGCUUACAGAUGGCAGGGUCCACCCUCACCAAGACCAAAGGCAAGAGCCCGGCUCCGUCGUCCUCCUCACAGAAAUCCGAUGUCCAGCGUCGGAUCAGCAACAAGGAGGGAGCUGCUAGUGCUGGCAGCAAGGGGAAUCUUUACCAAGAGGAGACUUCAAGACCCAGCAGUAUUGUCAAUGGGGGUACCAACUCAAGACUUGUUGGAAGCAGCCAAAAUGGUAGCAGCAGCGGGAUGCAUGUGCAGGAAGGCGGUCAACUAGGACGGGAAGCCAAUGGCAGUGACCCAGUCGGAGUCAGGACCAGUCUUGUUGAAGGCAGCAAACCAGUGCCUUUGGAAGGAAUAAAGGUUGGUUUGGAGGCAUCCAGAGGACCUACGUCCUUAGAGGGGGUUAAAGCUUCCUCUUCGUUGAAAUCAGCCGGAGGCAACCGGGACAGCAGCUUACAAAUGUACCUGUCCAAGCGGCAGAAGGAGAUCAUCAGCUACAUGGACUCCAUCAAAAAGAGGAUACCUGUGCCUGACGAGUGCUCUGUGAGAGAGAAUUCCGGGAGGAAUCCCGUUGGCCGGCUGGACUUCUACUGCCAGAGGAAGGGCCAGCAUUGCCUGUACAGCACCUCCCCGUUUGCCGUGGAGACCAAAGAGAUCCAGCCCUGGAUCCACCUCAAGUUCCUCCAGUUGCAGGCUACGUCUCCUAGUCCCGUUUCCCUCGACGACAGGGCAGUGCAGAGUCUACGCAAGAACUGGGAACGACAGAAGACGGUCGGCGGCACCAUGACGUUCCUCAAACUCAUCACCCAGAACUUCCCGCCGUCUAAGGUUCAGCAAGCUCUAACGGCUGUUUUAAACAAAGGAAGCUUCUAUGAUCUCUUCACAUAUAAUCCUCAGCAGUCUGUUUGGAACUGCUUCAUCUGUAACAAUCCCAGUAAAUUCGACCUUGCAACCGGAGGUCGGCCCCUCAUUGAAGGUCAACUCAAAGAGAAGAAAGUUCGCUUCAAGCUUUUCCGCCGGUGGAGGACCCGCUACUUCACUCUUGCAGGAGAGCAACUCUACACAAAAAGCAACUCACAAAGCAAGCCAGCGCUCCCGAUCGAGCUGAGCAAGGUCCAGGGGGUCAAGACGGUCCAUGGCGGCCGGCGACACGAGCGCAGCAUCCCCAAGGCCUUCGAGAUCUUCACCGAGGACAAGACCUACAUCUUCAAGACCAAGGAUGGCAAGGGGGCGGAACAGUGGGUUCAGUGCCUGACGCUGGCCGUGCGCAAGGCCAGCCGGAAAGGGGGCGGGGCCAACGGGGCAGGAGGCGGGGGAGAAACGAGCGGCGAUGUCGUCCCUGCCAACACAGACUCAACAAGGUAGUUUUAAUUUUUGGUUUGGUUGAAACCAUUAACACCAGAGUUGUAACGAGUCACUUAUUUUUGUGACUCGAGUCGAGUUGAGUCAUUUUAAAGAAGUGACUCGAGUCGAGUCGAGUCAUUAGGUCAAGA